UACUGUCGUUGCUUCGCCAUUACAAGGCAGCAUCCAACCUAUAAAUUCUCUCAACUUCAUUCGACAAUGUCUGCAAGAAAAUCAGCAAAAAUGGUGGAAUCCCUCACUGAUCUACCCCCCAACAUCCUCAUGGAAAUCCUCGUAAGGCUUCCUCUGAAGACCCUCUUCCUCAGCAGGUGCGUUUGUAAAACAUUCCUCAAUUUGACUUCCAUCGAUCGUCACUUUAUCACUUUGCACUCUGCAAAUGCUACCCAAAUUCUUGCAUUCCAAUUCGGCGACGACUUCACUCCCUCCAAACUGAUCAGCUGGGCGGACCCGGAACUCGAUAUCGCUCCUGGGUUCAUCCAGAAUUUCCGAUUGAAACCCAUAUUUGAGGCACCCAGUUUGGGGAUGAAUUUUGUUCCUUAUCGCACUAAUUAUCGGUAUCAAAAUAAGUUUGUUCUUGUGAAUUCGUGUAAAGGGUUGCUUUACUUUGUAAGAAGGCACGCACAGGAUGAGCGCUCUUUUGUGUGUAAUCCUGUCACGAAUGAGUACUUCAUGAUGCCUAGUGUUGAUCGGGAGACUAGGUUACUUUUUGGGACUAAGAGUAUGUGGUUAGGGUAUAGCUCGGGUAGUAAUCAAUACAAGGUGCUGAGGCUUUAUAGCCGUAUAAAUGAUGGUCCUUUAGACAUGGGAGCUCAGGUGCUUGUGGUUGGGUCUAAUUGGUGGAGAAACGUCGAAAACACGCCCGUCGGCCGUGAUAUCUCGUGGGAUGAUUGCUCCGCCACCGUAGAUGGAGUUCUCUAUUGGCUUGACCAGACAUGGAAAGACAUAGUUUUCUUUGAUUUUGAGAGGGAAUUGUUUGGGGAAAUUGCAUUGCCGUCCGAAUAUGGGGAGGAGCAGCUGAGUAAAAUAGAGUUUAUGAGCAUUGGAGUUCUUGGAGGUUGUCUUUGUUUGAGUUAUAAUGUUCAUAAUGCUCCGCAUGUGGACAUAUGGGUCAUGAAAAAACGUGGCAAUCAAGAGUCUUGGAGCAAAGAAUUCAUUGUUCAUGCAGUGAGGCCCUCAGGUGUGCCCCUUUACGGCUGGUUCAGGCCGCUGCAAGUUCUCAGAAGUGGGGAGAUACUAAUGCAAUGGAUUAACUAUGAUCUGGUUUGCUAUAAUCCUAGAAACAAGAGUUUGAGAUACGUCGGGUUUGAUUGGCUGCACAGGAAUCCGAGGGCUAUUGGUUUUACUCCUAGUUUUGUUUCCCUCAAGGACACUCUGUCUGUUGAUAAGGUGAUCAUGCUGUAUGCACGGCCAAGAGCUGACGAGCGGGAGCCAUAAGAAGAGGAGGAAAACCACAUGUUGGUUGAAGGUCUUCGGCUGCAAGAAUCACUCACCUUUAAGGCAAAGUAUUCGGUCUUAUUUCUAUCUUUUAUAUAUGAAGUUUGAUCUUUGUGAUUGUAGUAUGUAGUAUGCUGAACUGUGUCAACUGUGAAGUGUUCGUUGUAGAUUGAGACGAGUUAGGGCUCGUUUGCUUAGACGAUGGACGUAAGUAAAUUGAUUGAAUAAGGAUUGUGAUUGAAAUAUUCUUUGAAUAUGAAUUUGUUUCAUGUGAUGAUGCAAUAUAGAGAAAAAUAAA